CCUCUCUCUCUCUCUCUCUCUCUCUCUCUCUCGAAUCUGAAAUCCGAUUGCAAAACAGGAAGAGUAAAAAUCUCGUUUUUCGUCCGAUUCUUCUCAUCAUCAGAUGGCGCUCAGACUCCGAUCUCUCUCUCUAUUUCUCAUCCUCCUCUUGAUGGGACGAUCAACGGCUCUGAUUCCCUCCAAAACUUCUCCAACAAAUCCAUCAUCAUCUCAUUCGAAAGCGAUCUCGGAUCUGAAGGAAGCGAUUGUGAAGGGAUUAGGGUUCCAGGCCGAUGAUUUGAAGAUCUCCGAGUUCGAUAUGCGGGACGCGCUGGUGGGCCAGUCGGUCGCUUACGAAUUUGACAUCGAGAUCGGGAAUCAAGUCCUCCCUUUCAGGCUUUUGGAAGAUGUUAACCGGUGGGAAUUCGUAGAUUUGCCGAUCUUUCGAGCGGAGGAGGAGAUGGAGGGGGAGGAACCGACGGGAUUGGUGGAAAGAUCGACAAAGAAAGGUAGUGUCUCGCCGGUUUUGGCCCCGUUUCAAUUGGCGGGGCCCAUGGAGCUUUGGAUUCAGGAUGGGGAUGAUAUGAGGCUUUCACUUCCGCACGAUGUAGAUGCCGGUGUGCUGAAGAAAGUGGUAUUAGCUGAUGGUGCCAUGGUGACCAUAAAGGGUGCCCGGUCUGUUAGCCUGCGCCACCCCCUCGACCUACCCCUCCCUUUAAACCGCACCACUACCCAAAAAGGUGGCUUUGCAUCUGGCCUCCUGACCCUAGCUGAACACCUUCGCCUAUCUUCCAUCUCCCAGCAAGACAACAAACCCCUCCUCUCCCUCCGCAUAGUGGGCCCUACCUCCCUCACCUCCUCUGACAACAGCAACAACAACAAGCUCAAGCUCAAGCGCCUUGCACCUGGCCUCAUUGAACUCUCGUCCAGAGCCAGACCCCAAGUUGAAGAAACCCUCCCUCUCCUGACCCCAGAGCGCUUCACCACCCUGUGGCCACUAGCCUCCGUUAAUGGCUCAAAUGCCAACCUACAGGGGUUUGAAGAGCUGCUCACAUCCAUUCUUGGAGAGAAGGCCCACCAGGAAGGAUCCUUUCGGCUGACGAAGGCAACAGUGUCUGCACAAACGUUUAUGAAAAUUGGGUUUGGAGUGGAAAAAGGUUUAAAGGAAGGAGAUGUAGAUUGGAGUCAAUUCCCAGAGUGGCGGACAAGGCCAGAGAAGGUGCGUAUGCAUUUCGAGGUGCUAGCGAAGGUGGAUGGGGAGAAAGUGGUGCCGGAGAGGGUUGUGCAGGUCAAGGACCCUGUUGAGUUGGAGGAUAGUAUAGCGCCUAAUGUGCUCACGGGGAAUGUGAGCAUGUCCACCACUCCAAUCGUGCACCCUGCUCCAAAAUACUUCACCUUGUGAUGUAUAAAGGGUGUCCCAUUUUUUCAAAAGAGAUGCAGACAAUAAAAAUAUAUUUUUCUUUUUUCUUUUGGGUCACCAAUGAAAUUGGUGACUUGUACUGAAUUAUAUACGUUGGUUUUGUUUAUACGAAAGGUAAUCGAUAUAAUGGCUCAAAAGGAUUGUGAGCUAUUAUCAUUAUUUGAA